GAAGAUUCCUCUAACGGCUACGUCGUGCUCCACGCAAACGCGCGUAUCCCAUGCCCUCUGAGCAGUCGGAAGGCGCCGUUCAAGAACCAGCACAGCGCCAGGAGCAGCGUGGUGACGUCAUUGUGCGCGAGGGUUGCCCCAUCGUGGCCGCGGCGGCUUUCUGGUUGAUCGGCGGGAUCGUCGGUGCUUCGGCAGGCGCGCUCGGCUUCUACGUCAUCUCGUACGUGUUGGGACUUCAAGCCCCGCCCACGCGGCCCGAGGCGCCACCAGAGAGGGACGACGGCACCGUGUGCUACUCGCACGAGUGCCUGGCCGCGGCCGAAUACCUGCGCGACCAGCUUAACCCGCUGCUCGAGCCGUGCCGCAACUUCACGGACCACGUGUGCGGGCGCUUCCACGGACCCGGACAUAGCCUCGUGGAGCUGCAGUCGUGGCGCACCCAGAUCGAGGUGAUGAGGACGGCAGGUCAUCGCUUGUCCGGCGCACGUGGCAAGGCCUCGCAGCUGCUGAGACAGUGCCUGUUCAUCUACUCGGUCCCCACGUCCAGCCACCAGGCGCUGCGGGACUUUAUGAAGCGGCUCAAUCUCUUCCUGGACAGCCCGCCUCCGACGGCGCCCGUCGCGUCAGACCAGCCUCUGCGGCUGUCGUGCGGCUGA